AUGAUGGACUGCAGAGAUGCUUCGGCAUGUCAGGGAGUGGGUUCUCUCUGUUUUUUCCCAUAUCUUAAUCCUUUGGUUUCAUGGCACGCGUUAGUAUUGGGACAUUUACUUUAUUUGUUUGUCGUGUUUGUCAUGAGAAGUAUUAUGCGGGGCAGGCGCGCCUUAAACAUGAGUAGGGUGUUGGUCGUUUACAACGUGCUCCAGAUAUGCCUAUCGGCCGCAAUGGCGAUUAACCUGUCACCGCCUUUGAAAAAUGGCGUCUUUAACCUGAGUGGUAAAUUUUGCCCGGAUAUAGAGUUUUGGAUGUUCGUUCACUACUGCAGCAAGUACAUUGAUAUGCUGGAUACCGUUUUCAUACUUUGCAAGAAAAAAGAGGAUCAACUGUCGUUCUUGCACGUAUAUCAUCACUGUACGAUUGGUCUUAUUUGGGGAAUUUUGUUGAGAAACGGACUUGCAAACGGGACGGCGUUUUUUGGGACUUGGAUAAAUUCUUCCGUUCAUUUUUUGAUGUAUUCACACUACCUCUGGACAUCUUUGGGGUAUAGGAAUCCGUUUAAAUUUCUGCUAACCAAGAUUCAAAUGUUGCAGUUUUCUCUUUGUAUUCUUCAUGCUAUUUUGGUCACGUUACUUGACACUCAGUUUACUUUAGGGUGGAACCUGCUGCAAUUAUUGUACAAUGCCUCACUUCUGGUUUUGUUUUUAAAUUUUUACAUGAAUUCGAGGGGAAAAGGUUGUGCUAUAGAAAAAAAACCACAAUGA